UUCCUUUUCUGACCAUGUCUUCCACCAAGUCGAAGUCUGACCGCAAAAGUGCUCUAAAAAACGUAGCGCCAGCUUUAGCAACAAACAAACGCUCCCAGAUCAAAGAAGCCCCAUCUGUGGUUGAAAAGGAGGAGGACGAAAUCGACCUCGAGACUGAUGAAAGCGAAGGCUCCGAAGACGAUGGUGGUAUUGAUGAUGAGGGUAUAGAAAGGCUCAUGAAAGCCCUUGGCGAUGAUGGAUUGGACGAGUUUGAACAAGCUCAGCUUGAGGCUGCACUGGGUGAUCCUGAGGAUGAGUCAGAGGAAGAGGACGGAGAGGACGCAAAUACGGAGGAAGAAAACAGUGACCAGGAUGAAGAGGUCGAAAAGGUCGAAAAUGAUGGCACAGAAGGUGGAGAAGAGGAUGAUCAGUUCAUCCAACUGGAGGAUGUUGAAGCUAUCGUUGACGACGCUGUCCCUUUUCAAAAAGUUGAAAUCAACAACGAAAUCGCCCUUGCACGGAUACGGGAAAGCCUACAGCUCGACCCAUCAAUACCAUGGACUGAAACUUUAGCUGUCUCUUAUCCUCAUACUAUCGACGUUGAUGUCAAUGACGACCUGAAUCGAGAAUUAGCUUUUUACAAACAAGCUCUACAUAGUGCUAGCCAUGCCCACCAAAUAGCCACGAAAUCAUAUCCAAACUUUCCGUGGACUCGCCCCAGUGAUUAUUUUGCUGAAAUGGUCAAAAGCGACGUACACAUGGAACGCAUUCGCCAAAGACUUCUUGACGAAAAAGCCGGCAUUAAAAAGAGCGAAGAAAAGCGCAAAGAAAGGGAAGGAAAGAAAUUCGGUAAACAAGUGCAGAUCGAGAAGCUUAAAGAUCGCGAAAGAGGUAAAAAAGAGAUGGAGGAACGCUUAAAGGGACUCAAGAGAAGUGAGCUUGCAAAAAUAAGCCCAACUGACGUUUACUCAUAUUUCCAUUCCCCCAGAACGAAAAGAUAUUCUCGAUAACCCAGAUGGGAACGACGACGCGUUUGAUGUUGCUGUCGAGGAUGCCAUAUCCGACCGACCGGCAAAGCGAGGACGCGGUGGACCUGCCGGUGGGUCCAGAUUGUCACGACAAGGUCGAGAUAAAAAAUUUGGAUUCGGCGGCGCAGGAAGAAGGUCUAAGCAGAAUACCAGUGCAUCUACAGAUGAUUUUGACUCUAGAUCAAGAAAAGGAUCCGGUGGUGGAGGCAGGGGUGGAAGAGGUACAAGAGGUGGGGGAAGAGGUGGAAGAGGAGG